CUAAGGUUACCUAUCAUGCAUAGGUAGGUAUUAUUUGCUAUACUAUGUCGUUAUCUCAAAACAAUUCGAAAAUUUGUUCAAGUGUGUGAUAAGAUGAUAUCAAAAGUAUUAUUUAGUAUAUAUAAUAUACUAUUUUAACUAAAACUUAAAGUUAAAAAUCAUAUUAUCACGAUGUUAUUAUAUUUUGUUUAUUUUUUACUUGCCCUACCCAUUGUUGCUUAUCUAUACGUAAAAUGGGUGUAUGGGUACUGGCAAAGAAGAGGCGUAUAUACCGUAGAACCAGUCUUUCCGAACGGCAGCUUCCAAGAUGUACGAAAGGGUAAAAUAUCAAACUUUGAUUUCUACAAGAAAUUCUACUCAGACGUAAAGAAGAAAGGAUUGAAAUAUGGAGGACUCUACCAGCUAACACAACCUACUUGGAUACCCGUAGAUUUGGAAUUAAUAAAGACUAUAAUGUCAAAGGACUUUGGACAUUUCACUGACCAUGGUUUGUACAUUAAUACCAAGGUGGAUCCUAUUAGUGGAGGCCUGUUUAUGUUGGAAGGAGAAAACUGGAGGAACCAUAGAGCCAAGCUAACCCCUACUUUUACGUCAGGUAAAAUGAAGAUGAUGUUUCAUAUCCUUGCCACCCAAUCAAAAGGUUUUGAAAAAUUAUUAGCGCAAGAAGCAGCUAAGAAAGAACCAGUCUUCAUCAAGGAGCUACUGGCUAGAUUUACCACUGACAUCAUUGGAUCGGUAGCCUUUGGUAUUGACUGUCACUGCAUGAUCGAACCAGACAAUGAGUUCAGAAUUCAAUCCCAAAAGGCCUUCGGCAUUAGACAAAGAUAUAAGCAACUAAUGCGAAUGUACUUUUCAAAUAAAAUGCUAACACUUUUUAGUUAUAAACAGACUGACGAAGAUGUUGACAGAUUUUUCUCGAAUCUUGUAAGGAGUACAAUUGAGUACAGGGAAAAGAAUGGUAUUUACAGAAAGGACUUUUUGCAGAUGUUAAUAGAACUUAAAAAUACAGGAACUGUAACAGAUGAUGAAGUAAUGAAAAAAUCUACCCAUGGCAAACCUUUCCUCACGAUUGAAGAAGUAACCGCUCAUUCUCUAACCUUCUUCCUUGCUGGAUUUGAAACUUCCUCUACCACAAUGACCUUUGCCUUGGUAGAAUUGGCCCAAAACCAAGAUAUUCAAGAUAGACUUAGAGCUGAAAUCUUGGACGUUUUAGAAAAGCACGACGGUGAAUUGACUUACGAAGCUCUAAAAGAGAUGGAAUAUUUGGAACAAACUAUUUUGGAAACCCUAAGAAAAUACCCACCAAUUCCAAUACUUCCAAGAGUUUGUACACGAACCUACGAAGUAGACUCUAAAUUAACGAUUAAGAAAGGUACAGCUGUACAAAUACCAGUGAUGGCCGUUCAUCACGAUCCAGAGAUAUAUCCAGAUCCUCUGAUUUUCGAUCCCGAUAGAUUUAGUAAAGAAAAUUCAGUGGGUAGAUCUAAUUUUGCAUUCCUAUCAUUUGGAGAAGGUCCUAGAUUAUGUAUAGGUAUGAGAUUUGGUAAAGUACAAUCUAAGUGUGGUUUAAUAACAAUUCUGAAGGAUUAUCGAGUUACACUUAAUGAAAAAACGCAAACUCCAAUCAAACUUACCCCUUCAUUUAUCACAGGUGUUCAGGGAGGAUUAUGGCUAAAUUUUGAAAAAUUGUAAUUACUUAUUCUUUGUAGAUAUUGUUUGUUUGUAUUGUUCGAAUAUAUGUUGUGUUAAUAGAUAAAUUAAUAAAUUAUGUUAAAUAAAA